AUAUUACUGUCCAUAGUUUAUAAGUUAGCAGGGAUGAGGGAUGCCGUUACCAAGCCAACAACAUGGUUCAUUUUCAACACUCCUUCAAUCAUCACCCAUAGAAAACUAUCUUCCUCACAAAGAUGUCCAAAACUAGAAUAAUCCCAUCUCCCCAAAUCCUUCUCUGCAUUUUCACUUUUAUCUGUUUCACAUUUCAUGUAAAUUCCCAGCCUAGCUCCAAUCAAGAAAAAACCAUUUUACUUCAACUAAAACAACAAUUGUCCACCACUUCUCCCUUCUUCCUCAACCACUGGACUUCAUCAUCAGACCACUGCACUUGGCCGGAGAUCAGCUGCACACAUGAAAAUUCAGUCAGCGCCAUUCGUCUCGUUAAUCUCAACAUUUCCAAACCAAUCCCACCAUUUAUUUGUGACCUCAAAAACCUCACCUUUCUUGAUGUUAACUACAACUUCAUCCCUGGUCCUUUCCCUACUCUUCUUUACAACUGUUCCAAUCUUGAAUACUUAGACCUUUCUUUUAACUUCAUGAACAGCAGCCUCCCUAAUGACAUCAACCGGCUUUCGCCUAAGCUUCAGUACUUCAACAUAACAGCAAACUUCUUUACUGGUGACAUUCCUCCAGCAAUUGGGGGUUUAAAACAGCUCAAAGAACUUCAGUUUGCUUCCAACUCUUUCCAUGGCUCUUUCCCUGCUGAAAUUGGCGACUUGGCGCAUCUUGAAUCUCUAGUUCUGAAUCUCAAUAAGUUUGCACCUCAAGAAAUACCAUCAAGUUUUACCAAGUUGAAGAAACUCAAAAAAUUCUGGAUGAGUGAAACAAAUUUGAUAGGAGAAAUCCCAGAAAGCAUUGGCAACAUGUCUGCUUUGGAAUUAUUGGACUUAUCGAUAAAUGGGUUGAGUGGUAGCAUCCCUAACAGUUUGUUUCAGCCAAAGAAUUUGACCAUAGUUUAUCUCUAUACCAAUAGACUGACAGGAGAGAUUCCUCAGAUUAUUGAGUCCUUCAAUUUGGAGGUUAUUGAUUUGUCUAACAACAGCUUAACAGGGAAGAUACCAGAAAAUUUUGGAGAGCUGACCAAAAUGACAGGGUUAUCUCUGUUUAUGAACCAAUUAUCAGGGAAUUUACCAAUAGGCAUAGGCAAAUUGCCAGUAUUGGUAGAUGUUAAGCUUUUUGGAAACAGCUUAUCUGGUGAAAUUCCACCGGAUUUUGGUCGGUCUUCGAUGCUCAGAGAUUUCCAGGUUUCCCAAAAUCAGUUUACUGGAAAAUUACCAGAGGCUCUAUGUUAUAACAAGGUCUUGGUUGUGAUGCUUGCUUUUAAUAACAAUCUUACAGGUGAACUACCAGAAUCUCUUGGAAACUGUAAUAGUUUGAGGGCCGUUCGAGUUGAAAAAAACAGGCUUACUGGUAAGAUUCCUGAUGGUUUGUGGACAGCAAAGAAUUUGUCAACUUUCUUGUUAAAUGAUAACUUAUUAACUGGUCAACUUCCAGAAAGAGUGGCAUCAAAUUUGUCUCAGGUUGAUAUCAGGAACAACCAGUUUUCAGGUGAAUUACCAGCUGAAAUGGGUACUUGGUACAAUUUAAGAGUAUUCAGAGCAAGCAAUAAUCUCUUUACUGGUAAAAUUCCUGAAGAAUUGACUGUUCUUCCAAAGUUAACAGAACUUUUGCUGGAUGGUAAUAAACUAUCCGGGAGUUUUCCGUCGAAUAUAGUCUCUUGGAAUUCUCUUACUACUUUAAAAACCAGCAGAAAUCAGAUUUCAGGACAAAUACCAGCUGCACUUGGCCUUUUACCAAACCUUAUUGACUUGGACUUGUCAAGUAACCUGUUAUCAGGUGAAAUUCCACCUGAGAUAGGUAACUUGAAGCUAACCUCACUCAACCUUUCUUCCAAUCGCCUAACUGGUAGAAUCCCGGUUGAGUUAGAGAAUGCAGCUUUUGAUCGGAGCUUUUUAAGCAACCCUGGUCUUUGUGCAAGUAAUCCAUCAGUAGGACUUGGCUUUUGCAAGGGGAAAACGGGGAAGUCCGAUAAGCUCCCGGUCAAACUUCUUGCUGCUCUAGCAAGUGUAGGUGGAGUAACAGUACUGGUGGCUGCUCUAUAUAGUUUGUUCGUGUUGAGAAGCUAUAGGAAAAGAAAGCAAGAAUUGGUUUUGACAUGGAAACUCACCUCAUUUCACAAGUUAGACUUCACAGAGGCAGAUAUUGUACCAUAUCUUACUGAAAAGAACACAAUCGGGAGUGGAGGAUCAGGACAGGUCUACCUCGUGCCAUUAAACCGUUCAGGAAACUAUGUUGCUGUCAAGAGGAUUUGGAAUAACCAGAAGUUGGAUCACAAGCUUGAGAAAGAGUUUCUAGCUGAAGUUCAAAUAUUAGGCACAAUUCGACACUCCAAUAUAGUGAAACUAUUGUGUUGUAUAUCCAGUGAAGAUUCAAAGCUUCUUGUCUAUGAAUACAUGGAGAGUAGGAGCUUGGAUAUAUGGCUUCAGCAGAAUAAGAGGUUAAGCAAUGUUUCUGAUUUAGUAUUGGAAUGGCCUAAGAGGCUGCAAAUUGCAAUUGGAGCUGCUCGAGGCUUGUGCUACAUGCACCACGACUGCUCGCCACCUAUUAUUCAUCGCGAUGUGAAAUCAAGCAAUGUCCUUUUGGAUUCUUGUUUCAAUGCAAAAAUUGCAGAUUUUGGCCUCGCCAGAAUACUGGCCAAGCCUGGAGAUAAUACAGUGACAGCAGUGGCUGGCUCUUUUGGAUACAUCGCUCCAGAGUAUGCGCGUACAACUAAGGUGAAUGAGAAGAUCGAUGUAUAUAGCUUCGGAGUCAUCCUUUUGGAACUGGUAACUGGGAAAGAAGCCAAUUAUGGAGACGAGGACUCGUGCCUUGCAGACUGGGCGUGGCGUCGUAUCCAACAAGGAUAUCCCAUAGUCAAUGUCUUAGACGAGGCGAUAAAGGAGCCACAAUACUUGGAUGAAAUGAGCAAUGUGUUUAAGCUCGGGAUCUUCUGCACUAGCACAUUUCCUUCAUCAAGGCCGACCAUGAAGCAGGUUCUGCAAAUCCUGCUCCAAUGUAACAAUACGCUGGUAUAUGGAGAGAAGAAAAAUGAAACUGAACGUGAUGCUUCACCGCUCCUCAAGAACUCCAGACGGGAGAGGAUUGAGGAUAAUGAUGAUGUUGGUUUUAUAUCACUUAUAUAGGUAGAUAGAGAGAGUCAGAGAGAUAGUGAUAGGCUUUUAGUAUAAGACUCCAAGAUAGAACAUGUAGCAGUUUAAAGCAGAUCUAAUAUGUGAAGCAGUGAAAACUAGAUUGUACAAAUACAAUUUUAGAUUUAGAGUUCUGCUACCAUGGACUUGUUUUGCUACAGAAACCCCUUUUCCUGAAAUGGCAUUUUUCUUUUCCUUCA